AUGGCCGGGACGGCGAUAUUCCGCGAGGUCGACUUGUCUGGGUUCGGCUACAAGGGAGUCUCGCACGUGGGCCACGGGCACUCGGCCAGCGCCCAGCUGGUGCGGGAGGAGGGCACCGAGGACAUCCUCGUGGCUAAGUGCGUGUCGCUGGCCGCCCUGAAUCCCAAGGACCAGCAGCUGGCGCACCAGGAGGUGUUCCUGCUGCAGGAACUGUGCCACCCCCUCAUCGUGUCUUACCACGACAGCUUCGUCAUUGAUGGCACGAACAUUUUGGUGAUCUUGAUGGAGUACUGCGAGGGAGGUGACCUGCGGAAGCUCAUCACGACAAAGUCGGAGUCUGGCUCGCACUUCUCAGAGGACGAGGUGAUGGCCUACUUCGUGCAGAUCGUACAGGCCCUCCAGUACAUCCACUCGGUAAAGGUCCUUCACCGCGAUCUCAAGACAUCCAACAUUUUCCUCACCACUGGAGACGACGGGCAGUCGAUCGUGAAGUUAGGUGACUUCGGCAUUUCCCGUGUGCUGGAGGGCACCUGCGAUGCUGCAGUGACAAUGGUUGGCACGCCGUACUACAUGAGCCCAGAGGUAUGCCGCAGCGAGCCGUACAAUUGGAAGUCUGAUGUUUGGGCGUUGGGCUGCGUACUCUACGAGAUGUGCAUGCUGAAGCAUGCGUUCGAGUCAUCCUCGCUGAUGGGCCUGGUUUACAAGAUUGUCAGCGACCACUACGACCCCAUCCCCGCUUUUUACUCGCAGGAGCUCAACGACCUCCUGCGGCAGCUGCUGAACAAGCAGGCCGACCAGCGGCCCUCCGUCGAGGAGCUGCUCGGCAUCCCAUUCGUCUGCAGACACGUGCAGCGCGUGGGGCUGUUCCAAUCAGAUGGCGUUGCGAGCGUCCAGCGCGGGUCGGCACAGCGCUCCUCCUCGGCCAGGGGCAUGAGUCGGGAGGUCCUGCCCUCGCAGGAGGGGCAAAAGGCCUUCUGCCUGCCGCCGCUGAGCCCUGGCGCCUUCUCCGUCGGCCCGAGGACCCGCCUGCUGGUCCUGGCCUCCCGGAUUCGGCACAGGCUGGUCGCCAACAGGAUGAACUGGAUCGCCACCUUUGCAGAUUUCGACGACCGGGGUGAUGGCGCUCUGGCGCCGGAGACGAUGCGGGGCGCCCUGGCGCAGCUCGACCUGGGGCUGAGCAUGACGGAGAUCGGCGACCUGGUAGAUUCGCUCUGCGAGGGGCCGCUGGUCCACCUGUCGAGCUUCGAGUCGAAGCUGGUAGAGGCCACCUCCCUCGAGGCGUACCAGCUCGGGCUGUCCGCCAAGAAGUUGCUGGAGCCCAUCGCAGCGGGAGUCCUCCCCACGCUGGCCCAGUGGGACGUGCAGCACCGCAGAGCCCUCGACACCGCGAGCUUCGUGGCGGGUCUGCAGCAGCUGCUGCCCGACAUCUCGGCUGAGCAGGUGGAGGCGCUCCUGCUUCUGGCCGACAAGACCCAGGCGGGGGAGAUCGACUACGUCCGCUUCAGCGAGGAGUUCGCGUCCGCCCCCGCUGGAGCGCCGCCGUGA